CCGGUUAUUCAGAAAAAAAGCAACAGCGACCAGCAGGGGAGGACUGAAAUAAUAAUAACUUCAGUGAAGGGUCACCGCAGAGUUCUGAUCUCAUUAAAGUGACCACGGUGAGGGUGGAGAGUGAUGAUGUAAAUGAAAGCUGACUCAAGACAUGACCACUGCCCCCAUAUCAGCAGCUUUAUAAAGAGCGCUGCAAUGUGGAAUUCGGUACAUUACACAGGCAGAUGCUGUGCAGAGCUGCUUCAAGUCUACCAGGAGAACAGCAGCGAAACUUUAACGGAGAAACUCCAGGAGAACAACAGCGAGACAUCAACUGAGAAACUCUAGGAGAACAGCGAGACAUCAACCAAGAAACUCCAAGAGAACAGCGAGACAUCAACUGAGAAACUCCAGGAGAACAGCGAGACAUCAACUGAGAAACUCCAGGAGAACAGCGAGACAUCAACUGAGAAACUCCAGGAGAACAGCGAGACAUCAACCAAGAAACUCCAGGAGAACUACAACAAGACUGAAGUUUAACAUGUCUUUAAAGAUCAGCACCAUGAACAUGUUUGUGACCCUCAUCCUCUUUGAGGUUAUAUCUUCAACAGAAGAGGUUCUUCACCACCGAGAGAAGAGAGGAACAAGAACAUUCAAAUCCGUGUGCAUUGAAAGGUCCUCAGGAAGAGUCUUCAGGGGUGAUGACACCUGGCUACGAUCUGCAGGACGGAGGGUAGAGUUCUGUCGCUGUGAGAAUGGGAAGAGCAAAUGUCAUAGUGUGCCAGUCAUGGACUGUACAGAAACGAAGUGCUACAAUGGAGGUCGCUGCCGCCAGGCCCUGUACUCCUCAAACCAUCUCUGCCUGUGUCUGAGCGGAUUCUCUGGAGAAAACUGUGAAAUAGACACACGUACUACAUGUUACCAGGGCUCCGGAGAGUCUUACAGAGGAAAUCACAGCCGCACAGUGAGCGGAGCAGUUUGUGUAAACUGGAACUCUCCAGGGCUCAAUGGAAAAAGAUACACCACACAGAACAGAGAGGCUUUACAAUUCGGACUGGGAAAUCACAACUUCUGCAGGAACCCUGAUGGCGAGGUCUCUCCCUGGUGUUAUGUAUUUAAAGAUGGUGCGUACAACUGGGAACAUUGCAGAGUGCCAUCCUGCCCAGUAGACAUCCCAGACUGUUAUUCAGAGCGAGGAACUUCAUAUCGAGGCUCUGGCAGUGUCACCAUCUCUGGUGCCCGCUGUUUGCGGUGGGACUCAGCCCUGGUGAAGAACAAAGUCUUCAAUGCCUGGAGUGGCAAAUCCCGCAGCCAGGGUUUGGGAAGCCAUAACUACUGCAGGAAUCCAGAUAAUGAUGUGCGUCCUUGGUGUCAUGUGAUGAAUGGAACUCAGGCUGGCUGGGAAUUCUGUGAUGUCCCUAAAUGCUCCACUUGUGGAAUUCGAAAUCCUCCACCACCGUUACAGCCCCGAUUCCGUAUUGCUGGAGGCCGAGGUGCACAGAUUACAUCUCAUCCAUGGAUGGCGGCUCUCUUCCAUGUUUAUAGGCGAUCAGAGUUCUUCUUCUGUGGUGGGACCCUGAUAGACCACUGCUGGGUCCUGACAGCUGCUCAUUGUCUUUCAAGUAACAAGCUGUCCGCCAACAAGAUCCGUGUCAAGCUGGGCCGAACAAUGCGCGCUGUGCCUGGAGUUCAGGAACAAAGUUUCAGAGUGGAAAAAAUUUAUAAACACCCACAAUUUGAUGAAGAUACCUUUGAUAAUGACAUUGCUCUUCUGAAGCUGCAGUCUACAUCUGGAUCAUGUGCUAUGGAGACAGACAAUGCCAGGCCGGCCUGCAUGCCUGAGAGGGGACAGAAGCUGCAAGACUGGACGGAGUGCGAGAUCUCUGGAUAUGGGAGGCAAGAAGAAUUUUCUCCAUUCUACUCUGAUCAGCUGAAAGAAGGACAUGUCAGAUUAUACCCUGAAAACAUGUGCACUCCCAAGCAGCUUGACGACCGAACAGUGACUUCCAACAUGCUGUGUGCUGGUGACACAAGGAACCAGGAUGAUGCCUGCCAGGGUGAUUCUGGAGGACCCCUGGUCUGUCUCACAAAUGGCCGCAUGCAUCUGUUUGGCAUUGUUAGCUGGGGUGAAGGAUGCGGGCGAAAGGGAAAGCCUGGCGUUUACACCAAAGUGACUCAGUACCUAGACUGGAUAGAACACCGUACGGGCCUUCGAAUGUACUGAUAACAGAGACUUCAGACUUUGUAACAACUUUAAAUGACUACAAAGUCUUUGGAGAUGUCAGGCAUCAUAAAACAUAUCGUUAAAGAACUCUUACCAUUGGACAGAGGCCAUUUCAUGUUCUGAAUUAAUAUUCUUGAAUAUGCGGCCUAUUGAUUUGCCAGGAACUGGUGUCUCCCCUGGUGCUUGAUGCUGAAUAAUAAUACAGAACACACUGGUGCUUUUUUAUAAAGAUGUCCAGACACCAACUACAUCAAAAACUGCUAUGAAGUAUGAAGAUGUCAUCUGUGACUUGACUAAUGUGCCAGCUUCUCAUAUCUGUGGGAGAUUCUAAUGGUGAAACUUUGGCAUCUGUGUGUCUCCACCCUACCCAAAAGAUCAUGAUGAAGAUUUCAAUGCUUUACAGCCGUACUCCAUGUCUAGUCUAUGUUUUGGAACUUACAUAUGUAUAAGUAUACAUAUAUCAUCUGGCUUUUUAAUCAGCAGCAGUCAGGGAGAUCUGGUGGGUAUCUCUCAACUCUGAAGGGAUGUAUGAAAUCAGAAUUUGAUUAAGGGCCUGUGUCGUGGGCUUUGGGCUUGUGUCAAUGGCAUCAGUUGAUCAAAAUUAAUUUUACUUGCAAUUGACCUCCAACUCACCUACUUCAAGCACGCUUUGCAUUCCCAUAGAAUUGCAUAGGAAUGAAAACUCAUUUAAAACAAACCCAAUGAUACAGGCCCUUACUUUGGCAGUUAGGGAGUUAAGAUGGCCAUACAUUAUACAAGUUUCAUAUUCAAUUUACUUUAUAUUACCUUCAACUAUGUAGUGUAAGGGUCUGCCUGAUUGCAUACAAAUUGAAAGUGUUUAGGUUUGACCUCAUUUUAUAUGGUUUUGGCAAAUUUUAUGGAAAAUUGUACAAUAAAAUGGUAUAAUGUAUGGCCAACCCUAAGCCUAGUACACACCAUGAGUUUUUUUUCUAUUUCAACCUAGUGGGUUGAACGAAAAAAAAAAAAAAAAAAACUGACAGCUUCCAUACAGCUCUGGCUACCAUACACACGGGCUAAAUGUCAGCUGGUUUUUAUUGAACCGGCCUAUGUCACCAGACAUUCGGCCCGUGUGUACUAGGCUUAAGUCUGUAAGUAAG